AUGCAGUCCGGCUCGCCGACCGCGCCCUGGGCCAUCAUCUCGCGAGAGGAGUCGAUCGUGCGCGGCAUCCGGCUGGCCGAGGCGGUCGGCUGCCCGCACGACCGCGACAACCUGCAGGAGGUGAUCGACUGCCUCGUACAGAAGGACCCGAUCGAAUUGGUGAAGAACGAAUGGGGCACGCUCGGCAUCUGCGAGUUCCCCUUCGUGCCGGUGAUCGACGGGGCGUUCCUCGACGAGACGCCGCAACGCUCGCUGGCCACCUCCUCCUUCAAGAAGGCCAACAUCAUGAUGGGCUCCAACACCGAGGAAGGUUUCUACUUUAUCAUCUACUACCUCACCGAACUGUUCCGCAUCGACUUGGCCGACGACGUGAAGGUCAGCCGGGAGCAGUUCGUCAACGCCGUCGCCGAGCUCAAUCCAUACAUCAGCCAGAUCGGCAGGCACGCCGUCAUCUACGAGUACACCGACUGGCUGCACCCGGACGACCCGCACGUGAACCGCGACGCCCUGGACAAGAUCGUCGGCGACUAUCAGUUCACGUGCAACGUGAACGAGUUCGCCGGCCGUUACACCGACACCGGGAACACCGUUUACAUGUACUAUUACAAGCACAGAUCCGCCAACAAUCCGUGGCCGAGAUGGACCGGCGUGAUGCACGCCGACGAGAUCAGCUACAUCUUCGGCGAGCCGCUGGACCCCUCCAAAGGCUACACGCCCGACGAGGUGAACCUGUCCAAGAAAAUGAUGAGAUACUGGGCGAACUUUGCGAAAACCGGGGAUCCAAACAUCGGCGACGUUGAAUCCUGGACGCAAGCUUACUGGCCGCCGCACACCGCCGCCAAGAAGGAAUACCUGACGUUGGACACGAACAGCUCGGAAAUCGGUAACGGGCCGAGAGCGAGGCAGUGCACCUUCUGGAAGAAAUACCUGCCGCAACUGCUCGCCGCCACCUGUGAGUAA